GACCGGUCAGGGAAUUAGACGCCCUGUGCGCGCGUGCGCGCGCGCUAAGCCUGGGUUUCCGGGAGCUCGCGCAGAUUGUCCACCAUCUCAGCGAGGCGCAUCUCACGCGUCUUAUCGCCCAUCUUCAUAGCCGUAGAAAUGAUCCUCCACGCGCGCUGAGGGAUGAAAUGGCAAAGAACCUUCAUCGCUCACAACAGAAAUGAGUGAGUCAUCGUCCAUUCACUCAUCGAAGCUUGUUGCAUUGGCCCGAUCUCUGUCUGGACUCGGGCUCGAUGUCGCCAACGGAGGCUCCACCAACCCCCCCAUCAACGAUGAGCCCCCUCCCCCGGAGUUCGGCAUUGACCUAGGCCCAGGCCUUUUCUUUGCCGACGGCAGGAGAAAAGUGGACUAUGUCCUUUGCUACAAGUACAAAAAAAGACGGACAUCCAGGCCGCGGCUUUCCCUCAUAUCAAACGGGAGUAUACCAAUACCGAUCCCCGGCAGAUGGGAAACGGAGUCCGGAGAUGCGAGUGCACCCACAGGGGACGCGGAAGAGCCCAAGCUGUCGGAGGAGGAGAAGGCUGUGAUGAGGGAGGAGUUCGAGGCAGGACUUCUGGAAGCCGGGCUGCAGAUCGAGCGGGAUAAAGAGAGGGCACAGGGCAUAGGUUUCAUUAGGCUGCACAUCCCAUGGCCGAUACUCAGCCGGGAAGCGGAGCUCCAGAAGAUCAAAGUUGCUGUGAAAAAGAAGUGUGAGCUGCGGAGGCGGACGGGCAUUGCCGGAUCGUGGGACUCGUUUCUGACCAAAGUCAACGCGCCGUUCCAGCCGGACGUCCCCGACUUCGACGUGCAGCAGGAUUCGGAGACGCGUCAUCAACUCAAAACCCUCAAACACCAUUUCAUCCGGGACAAGCUGUACCUGUAUGACAUCAGAUCCACAGAAACCGUGUUCGACAACGCCACGCGCAGCAGAAUCGUGGCUGAAAUCAUUUCACGCACCACCUGCAGGCAAACGUGCCAAACCACUGGCAUCCACUCAUUACUGGCUCGGGGUGUCUAUGACUCCGCCUUCCCUUUGCAUGAUGGGUCGUUCACAAGGAGAGGUCGAAAAGAUCAGCAAAAUGACAGACAGAUCCUCCAUGAGGAGUGGGCCAACUAUGGAGUCAUGUAUAAAUACCAGCCUGUGGACCUGAUCAGGAAGUACUUCGGGGAGCAGAUUGGGUUGUAUUUCGCUUGGCUGGGUGUGUACACUCAGCUCCUCAUCCCCCCCUCCGUGCUGGGCAUCAUCGUCUUCCUGUACGGCAUCUUCACCGUGGACGCCAACGUGCCAACUCAGGAGACGUGCGACGAGAACACCAACAUCACCAUGUGUCCUCUGUGCGACGGAGUGUGCGACUACUGGCGACUGAGCACCGUGUGCUCACUCGCCCGGACCUCGUACCUGUUUGACAACGGAGCCACCGUCCUCUUUGCCAUUUUCAUGUCUCUGUGGGCUGCCUGCUUCCUGGAGCACUGGAAAAGGCGCCAGAUGUGUCUGAAGCACUCGUGGGACCUGACCAGCUUGGAGGACGAGGAGGAGCGAGUCCAGGAGGAGCUGCGGCCUGAAUACGAGGAAGCUUUGCAGGAGAAAAAAGCAAAGAAGAAAGCUCAAACUAAGAAGAAGUUGUCCAAAGCUGGGGAAGGGGUGGACGGAGAGACCGACCAGAUGCUGGCGUCCCAGCAUGAACCGGAUUCUCUGGCUGUCGAAGAUCACAUGUCGGGGUACCUCAUCAACGUGUCCUCCCUACUGAUGCUGAUCUUGGUGACGUUCUCGGCGGUGUUCGCCGUGGCGGUGUACCGCAUCUGCAUGCUGAGCGUGUGGUCCAUGAACCCCGACCCCGAGGCCAAGGCCAGCGUGAGGAUGACCGUCACCACCACGGGCAUCGUCCUCAACAUGCUGGUGGUUCUGGUGCUGGAGGAGGUCUACGGAGCCAUCGCCGUGUGGCUGACGGAACUGGAACUUCCCAAGACCAAGGAGGAGUACGAAGAGAAGCUGAUCUUUAAGUCUUUUUUUCUCAAAUCCAUGAACGCCUUUGCACCUAUUUUCUAUGUGGCCUUCUUCAAGGGCAGGUUUUCUGGGCGUCCUGGAGACUACGUUUAUGUGUUUGAAGACUUUCGAAUGGAAGAGUGUGCUCCACCAGGCUGCCUCAUUGAGCUUUGCAUCCAGCUCAGCAUGAUCAUGCUCGGAAAGCAGCUCAUCCAAAACAACGUGUUUGAGAUUCUCGUACCGAAGCUGAAAAAGAUGUACCGAACGAUACAGGAACAAAAAGGAAACCGGGAAAUCGAUGAGGAUGAGGGGGAAGUAGAGGAGAAGAGACCAAGACAGCAGUUUGACAAAGAUUUCACCCUGGAACCUUUUGAAGGCGUCAGUCCAGAAUACAUGGAAAUGAUCAUCCAGUACGGCUUUGUGUCUCUGUUCGUGGCCUCCUUCCCGCUGGCGCCAGCGUUCGCCCUGCUCAACAACGUCAUCGAGAUCCGCCUCGACGCCGCCAAGUUCGUCACCGAGAUCCGGCGGCCGGACGCUGUGAGGUGCAAAGACAUAGGGAUUUGGUUCAAUAUUCUCUGUGGCAUCAGCAAGUUCUCUGUCAUUACCAAUGCAUUUGUCAUCUCCUUCACAUCAGAGUUUGUUCCACGCAUGGUGUACCAGUACAUGUACAGUGUAAAUGGCACCAUGAAUGGCUACACAGAGCAUUCGCUGGCCUACUUUAACGUCAGCAACUUCCAAGAUGGCAGCGCGCCCUCCACCACCCUCAUCACCGGCGUAGCCAUGUGCAGGUACAAGGACUACAGAGACCCACCAUGGGCACCAGAUCCCUACACGUUCUCCAAACAGUACUGGUCCAUCCUGGCAGCAAAACUGGCCUUUGUCAUAUUCUUUCAGAACCUUGCAAUGUUCCUGAGCAUGAUGGUGGCCUGGAUGUUCCCAGACGUACCGCGGUCUCUGCGGGAGCAGCUAAAGAAAGAAAACACGGUGCUGAUGGAGUAUCUGCUGAAUCACGACCAGGAAGCAUGUGCCAAAUCUCGCUCCCCAAGGCCCUCCAUCCACUGCGUCCCCACCGACAUAGAGAUUGUGGUGGAGGCGCCCAGCGAACAGGAAGAUCAGUCGGUGGUGGAGCAGGAAGAGGUGGGGGUGGAAAUCAACGUGGACGAACGCAGACAGACCAGUGACGGGGGUCCGGGGGUUGAAGGGAAUGAUGAGAAACAAGACGGAGAUGCGGGUGAAGGUGCAGUGGGUGGAGAAAAGGAACAAGAUGGUGAAAUAAACGAAGAGGCUGGAAAGAAAGACGGUGAGCAAGGGAGCGAAGAAGAGGAAGGAGGACAAAUAGAUGAAGAAAAACCUGAAGUAAAAGAGGAGGAGGAGAAUUUCUCUGUUGAUCUUGACUUUUUCAUGAGCGAGCUGGGCCUGUUGGAUGAGGGGCCUUCAUCAUCGGCUAAAGACACAGGCUUCGCCCAGAAACACCCGUCUGAGGAGACGCAGUCCCAUUCCUCAUCCAAAGGAAGCUCAUCCCACAGUCUAAACACUGCACCAAAUAGUGACCGUGGGCUCUUGUCGCUGCCCGCGCCUCCUCCCAGAGAGCCCGGCAAAAGAGCCAAGGCCCAGUGCUCCACCCUGCCUUCGCUCCACAGGGGGUCCGAGGCCUGUUACAGCCUGCCGAGGCCCAGCCGCUGCACCAGCCUCACCAGGCUAGCGCAGACAGCGACGCUAACUCCCCGGGACCCCGCGGGCUCCUCAUCGGCCUCACCCAGCCGCGCCCCCCCCUCCUACACCCCGCUGCCGCGCCCCGCACAGUCCCCAUCCACCCGCCCCCGCCUCCCGGAGCCUAGACCCCCCAGCGAACAGUGUGCGGCCCAGCGGCCGCGCUCCACCGGCAAAGCCAGAUGCUCCACCUUGCCUCCACCGCAGAGAGCCCCCGGCCCCGGGGAGCCGCCCGCCAGGCAUUCCACCAGCUCCCCGAGGCUGGCAGACCCCGCCCCACCUCCUCCCCCCGCCGCGCUUUUUCUGCUCAAAGGCCCCCCGGCGCAGAAGCAGCGCUCCCGGAGCAAAGGCCGGUGCUUCACCUUACCUCCGCGGCCGAGAGCAACCGGUCCGGAGGAGCAGCACCAGCCCAGUCACUCCACCAGCCUUAUGAAGCUGGGAGACCGCGUCCCCCCUUCCCCCAGUGAACUGAAGCGCAACACGCCAGUAUGAGGCGCUGGGAGGCCGAGGGACAGACACAGAGGCAGGACUUUGCAGAUGGGCCGCCCCUGUCUGUGCACGGAGCCUCUGUCAUUCCUCCAUAUUUGCUUCCAUAGGAGUCUGCAGGGAUCAGCCGAACCAUCUUCGUGCCGUCCUCAUCCUCACACAGACAUUCACGCAGCUCAGUGGGGGAGGCAGAGGAGACUCCCGAAUCCCCCUUUCAUGCACAACAACCUCACCACUGGAACGUUGACUGUGUUUCCAUUGGUGUGUUUCUGCUCACAGCCACAGCUCAUUAGCUACUGCUCCUGUGUUAUUUACUGUUCCACAGGCAGCAGCGCUGCCUUUUAGACCAGAGCCACGCGGCGAUAUAUACAGCACAGCUAGAAACAACAGUUACGUCUGUAGAGCCACACUUUAUUCUUAGAGGUUUUGAUAUAUAAAAAUGUAAAAUAAUAAUAAAAGGACAUAUUUUUGAUAUGUGUUUUUCCUUUUGAACGCUAACAUGGUAUGGUGUGUUUGAGCCUUCUAAACUUUGCCAUAGGGACUUGAUUUUUACAAGACAAGGUGAAGAUUAUAAAGUUGUAUUGUUUAAUGUAGUAGUAUGACAUACUGCAUAACAUAACAAGUCUCUAAUAAAUCCUAUACCUGG